AUGGAGGAGCUUUACAGGAAAUUCACAGAGACUUUGAAGGAAAACACGUCGCUAAGACAUCAGGUAGUGGAUCUCCAAUCUGCCUUGAGCGAGAGGGAGCAGGAGCUGUCCAUGGCCAGAGAGGCCUCAGGAAUAGCCCAGUACUUGAAGAAGAUAGAGUUGCUGGAGCAGGAGAACAAGAGGUUGAGAGAUAUGGUCGAGGGCACCGAUGCUGAGCACGACGGCGCCGAAAACAUAAGUCCAAACGUGCCCAUCAACACAGGAAAGACAAGGAGCAGGCAGGCCGACGAGACAAGGGACCUCGAGCUGCGACAGUAUCUUAGGACAAUACGCGAAUAUGUCACAGGACUCACCGGAUACAAGAUGGAGUUUCGGGAUGGAGAGAUCAUCUUCCACUCUCUCUAUGCCUUUGACAGCGAGGACGUCUUUAUCUUCCGGUACAAGUCCGGAAGCAUGGAGCUUGUCAAUAACGAGUUUGCAGCGACGUGGGCCUCGGAGAUUCAAAACUACCUAAUCACUGGAAAGUCGAUUCCUGCAUUUCUGGCUGCAGUCACCCUGGAGCUCUUCAACAAAAAGACGUUUGGAUAG